GAGAGAGAGAAUAUCCGCUGGAGGAGCAGACAGACAGACUGCGGGAGGAGUGUUGCCGGGUGCGGGGAGAGCUCCAGAACACGCCACUUAAAAAUGGGAGUCGAGAUCGAGACUAUAACCCCGGGCGACGGAAGGACUUUCCCCAAAAAAGGACAGACGUGCGUGGUGCAUUAUGUUGGCUCCCUGACAGAUGGACGCAAGUUUGACUCAUCCCGUGACAGGGACAAACCUUUCAGGUUCAAGAUCGGCAAGCAGGAAGUCAUCCGAGGCUGGGAAGAGGGGGUAGUGCAGAUGAGUGUUGGUCAAAGCUCCAAGCUGACCUGCUCGCCUGACUACGCUUAUGGAAACAAAGGUCACCCGGGCAUCAUCCCUCCCAACGCCACACUUAUCUUUGACGUUGAGCUGCUGGGUUUGGAAUGAAACAAAUCUACAUCCUAUUUUUUGUGUUGUGUGACUACUUCCUACCUGGGUGACCUGGAGAGAGAAACUAGGAGAGUCUGCACUUGAUUCUAUAAGAGGCUUGAGUCUAUAGUUCCACUACUUCUUUCAUCAAACUAUGACAGUUUGUGUUCUUUUGUCUCUGUGACUGAGUUAAUUAUAUUUUUUCCAUCAUAUUCUUCCUCCUAAAAACUAUGGGCCAUAACCUUACAAACCUCCAUGUUCUUAAUCUUGAAUUCUUUUGAACUUGCGCUUUACUUUCUUCUUUGUUUUUUUUGAAGUGCUGGUUGUGCAUGGUUAUGCCGAGAAGUACAGAAUACCAAUGAACCACAAACAGCGACAUUUAUCAUAAUGAGUCAACAUAUAAUAUUUAAGAGCUGGUGCUUGUUAUAUUACAGAAACAACAAAAAAAAAGUGUAUAAAAGAAAAUGAAAAGCACACAUUUGUAUCCCUUAAAACCAGAACAAACGAAAUGAGAUUCUGUUAGAGAAAAGGCUUAGGGGCUGAAUUUAGUGGAGCCGUUAAUGGUGCAACACAGGGACUGAGUUUACUACAUAAAAUGCCUGUUUCUAUAUAGUGCCACUGUGUUUUCUUUUUCAUUUAAAUCGUUAACCGAAGUUUGAGCUCCAGAGAGGUAAUUGGCGCGAAGGAGAACCAAUCACAGUUGUAGGUAGUUCUAAUGUGUGCCUCAAUAUUCUCACCAGACACAUGGUUACUACUUUGCCCUGUCUGCAUGUUCUAGGCCCGAUUGGAAAUCUUAGUACGUAGAUGUUGAACGCUUUGCAUCUGAUUUGCAUUAUUAUUAUUAUUAUUAUUAUUAUUACUAUUAUUAUUAUUAAUAAUAUUAUCGCCUUCUCAUCUCACCAAGUCUUUAAACCCCAUUUAAAGCCAUACACAGGUCGAACAGUGCAAAGAUAGGAUUUGUGGUGAUGCACAUCAAUUGGAGUUUAUUAUUUUUUUGUCUUAGAAAAAAAAGGGAAAUGCUUGAAAUUUACAAAAGGGGGUUGAGGAAUCAAUCAAAUUGUGACCUCCCCCAACCUUAUUUUGUGUAACAACUUCAAUCGUGUAUUUUUCAGAUGCCAACUUUCUAUCUCUGAGAAUCAACAAAGCUAAUGUAUAACCUAUGAUGAUAGAUAAUGUGCUUCUUUUUUUGUAGUUUUUUUUUUCUUUUCUUUUUUUGCCGGUGUCAGUAAAGUGCCACGCUGCCUAACUGAAGUCUGUGUGGUUGUAGAAAAAAAAAAAUGCUGACACACAGGCAUCCAAGUGGUUUUGUAUCUCAAAUAAAUAGUUUUAAAUGGAGUUUAAAUGAAGGAAUAUGCUGGCCUGGCUGUCAGAUAAUUGACUGUGGCUGUCGAUGUUACAUAUUGGCCAAGCUGCAACUGGUGUGGCAGCAGUCCACCUCUGUACUGUGUAGUUAUGUGCUGAUACGUUACUGUAUGCAGGCUAAACCAAUGAUGACAUAUUUAAAAUAAAAGAAGUGCUCUCCA